AUGUCGAGCGAUACACUGCCACUCGAACCGACACCACAUGGUGCCCCAAAUGAAUCUGAUAUUCCCUUGCAUUUGGGAACGGAUUCGGGGUUACUUGUCUCUUUACUAACAUCAAUGAGUGAAGGGAUAAACCAAACUAACACUCUUUUAUGCAAAUUUAUGUCAAACUCAAAGUCCGAUGAAAAUAUCCGUAAGACUAAGAGAGCUGUAGAGUUAGACACUGAUGACCGUUCAGAUUCGCCUGAAGAGGAAGACAAACACACUUCUGAACCGGAAAACAGUUUGAGAAAACAUAGAAAAACAACUAAUGCUCCAAAGAGAGCUAAACUUACGACCCAAGAAGGUCAAUCUCAGACUACAAAGAUAGUCAAAGAUCCCACAGAGACAGGGCACACAUCUGAUGUGGAGGUCAUUGAAACCAGUGCCAGUGGGCCUGAUGAUACUGAUAGGCAUCAAUUUUGCCCUGAUGACCUAGUAAGCCUUUUUGCAGGUGAUGACUUUAAUCCGAAUGAUGAAGAUACCUUGGACAAUGCUGACUUACUUACAGAUAUUGACUCUGCCUUGUCAUCUGCAACCGAAAAAGGCCCUCCAAUAUGUGAACACUUAGCAAAAACUGUUGACCAACGAUUAUCAGAUGAAGUUGAUAGGGACAAACUAAAAACUAUUGUCUCUAAAUACAAAUCACCAAAAAAUUGUGAAGAAUUGUACUUAACAAAAGUUAAUCAAGAAAUUUGGAGCCAACUACCCACACAUGCUCUAAAAGCUGAUAUUAUGGUAGCAAACUUACAGGAUACACUGUUAGGAGGGAUCUCAGCCUCACUUAUCUCAGUAAAUGAGUUGCUGGAAUGUAGAGCAAAGAAAACUCUACCUGACUACAAGACAAGACAAUUUAUUGCUCCAUAA